CUGCUGGCGAAGUGUCCUAUAGUGUGACGGCUGGGGGAGGGAGAGCGAGCUAGAUACCUCGAGCAAGCUGCCAUGUAUUGGAUAUGUUUACCAUCGCUUAAUUUAAAACACGUUUAAUGUCUUUAGAUCGAGGGCACGUGGUGGAGCUUCGAACGACUGCUAACGUUACGUCAACGAGUAAUCAUCGAGAGAAGCUCGUACUCGUUAAUCGUAUAUCGUCACCGAGUGAUUGAUCGGGUUUGUUGGCUCAUCGUGGACGAGUUUAGCUUGUUUGGCUAUUGAACGCAAUAGCUGGCAGCUCGAGCGUGUUUUCUAGCCCACGAAAGUUGUUUGCGGGGAGAUUUGCGGCUUCUUCUUAAAGCCCGAGUGUCGAACAAGCCCGGCUGGUCGCUUGUUUGGGGUAACAUGGCUCAGCGUGGACCGCAUCAUGUUGCGAGUUCUCAAAAAGCGUUAAUGUUGGAGCUGAAAGGUCUGCAGGACGAGCCGGUGGAAGGCUUUAAAAUAACUUUAGUCGACGAGUCGGACUUGUACAUUUGGGAAGUUGCGAUUUUUGGACCUCCCAACACUCAUUACGAGGGGGGGUAUUUUAAGGCCCGCAUGCAGUUCCCAGUUGACUACCCAUACUCGCCCCCUGCCUUCAGAUUCCUCACCAAGAUGUGGCACCCCAACAUCUAUGAGAAUGGAGAUGUGUGUAUUUCCAUACUGCACCCACCGAUAGAUGAUCCACAGAGUGGAGAACUGCCAUCAGAAAGGUGGAACCCCACACAGAACGUCAGGACUAUUUUGUUGAGCGUUAUCUCGCUGCUGAACGAGCCUAACACGUUUUCGCCAGCUAACGUGGACGCCUCGGUCAUGUAUCGCAAAUGGAGAGACAGUAAAGGGAAAGAUCGAGAGUACGCAGAGAUUAUCAGGAAGCAAGUACAAGGCACCAAAGCAGACGCUGAGCGGGAUGGUGUCAAGGUGCCCACCACGCUGGCAGAAUAUUGCGUUCGUACCCGUGCCCCACCUGCUGACGAAUGUACCCUUUUCUACGACGACUAUGAUGAUUAUGAUGAUGAUGACUUGGAUGAUGAAGAGGAUGAAGGUGAGGACCGUUGCUAUGAUGAAGAUGACUCCGGGACGGAAGAAUCCUGAUCCGAACUGUCCAAACCUGAACUUUUCACCCCCUUUGUUUCUUGACCUUGUGGUGUAGUUGCUUUUAAAUCUUCAAUUCAAGAGGAAUAUUUUCUGGUUAUUUUUGGUUUCCGUCUCAGACAUCUGAGGAUCUUUUUACCUAAGAUCACUGACUGAGCAGACAGCGUUGCGCUGACUCGAGAUUUUGUGAUAUGAGGCUUUCGGAGAUGAAUUUGCGGAGCUUAUUGAUUUUUCGGCGAAAUGUUCCUUUUCCUGUUCUUCUGUUUGAGCUUGAACUAAAUAUGGCAGUCAGCCCUCAGAUAUUUUUGAGGGUUUGUUUUUCUUAUUUUGUUUAGUCUCAUUUAGGGGGGCAGGAUCGGGUUCAACCGAUUAAUGCUAUAGUGCAGUUCAGUCCAUCAGUCUUUAUUUAGAAACAACUUGCCUCUCCAAGGCACCUGAUCUCAGGUUUUCAAUGUCUGUGAAUAACCAUAUUGGUGUCUAAGGUGGAUAAAGUAGCUAAUACACAUUCUCAGGGCUACUGUUUUUUCUAUAAAACGAAGUGUGACGUGUCUUCGGCCAAGGAUUGUGUUUCUGAAGAAGCUUUUCGGAUAAACGUUUUCUCCUCCAGACGCUUGGUUGAUGAGUUACAUAAAGCUCUUUCCUCCCACUCAGUCUUUCAUUUUAUUCACAACUGUGUGUUUUGUCCAAUUUUUAUAGGGUUGAGGCAGAUUUGUGUAUAUGUUAUAAUUAGCUGCUCUUUUUGUUUAGGAUAUUUUAGAUUUGUUCUCUUGUCUUUUUCAUUUUAAGCUUUGCAGUGACUAACGUUAAUCUCCUCAGGAAAAUGAACUCCGUUUGGGAGAUCGGUAUGUUUGUGGCCGACCCUUUGACCCCAGCAGACUCUCAUCAAAUUCAUAUGCAAACUGGGGGUAAUUUGGGUCACUUUCCCCUCUUGUUUGUAUUUUUCUUUUCUUUUUUGUUAUUCAUUGUAAAUCUAUUUAAAGUCUGAAUAAAGAUCUUUAUUGGGA